CUUCAUCUCUUGUCUCCCCCUCUUGAGCUCCACCUCCGGGCAAGGCUGGACCGUCAUAAACCCCCCUUUCAUCCGCCAGUUCCCAUUUCAUCUGGUCUAUGCCCCUUCGUGGGUUUUUGUUUCUCAUGCUCUCCUAAAUCCCAGUCAUCAUGCCCCGGAGGACGCUGGGUGGAGGUCGUGUUCUUGGCCCCGCGAACGCUCGUUCUCCAUCGGCUUUAACCCCGUCUCCGCAGCCCAGUAACCCAAGACUCCUCACCUUAUCGCCAUCCGCCAGCAGUGUUUCCCUUAAUUCACAGGCCUCGACAUCCCAAUUCUCAUCUGAAGCCCAGGAUCUCACGUCGCGCAUCUCCCUUGAAAAUGGCUCUGCCUCCAUACCUGCCGCUCCGGCAGCUGCCGGAGCUCAGUUGGCCUGUCCGAUCUGCAGUGAGGAGAUGGUGACACUGUUACAGCUUAAUAGACACCUCGAUGACGUCCACCAGAACCUGGAAGACGACCGGCAAGAUGAAGUUAAGGACUGGUUCAAGACCCAAAUGGAUAAGGCCAAGCGCUUUCAGCCCCUCGCUGUUUUGAACCAGAAGCUCAAGGGUUUGGAUGUGUUCGAAUCGAACGAGAAUAUUCAGCCUUUCGCUGGUCCAAGCCGGCCGUCCGGACCGGUUUCGACGCAUCCUCUUGAGCCUCCAAGAGCACCCGACCCGGAUGAUGUUAUAACGAGGGAGCACUGGCAAGCGCGCACUCUAUAUGAUGUGUGCCUGGAACCUUCGUGCGGCAAGCGGCUUAACGCAACCAACGGCUGUGUCAAUUGUCGCAAAUGCGGGAAGCUAUUCUGUGAGGAUCAUACGAUGUAUCAGAUGAAGCUAUCCAGAUCGGCUCAGCAUGAGCCAGUCAGGGGGUUAUGGUGCAGGGUCUGUGAAACUUGCUACAAGUCGAGGGAGGGGUAUAACGAUCACAAUGGUCUGGUAAGAGACCGUAUGGAUGAAUUCAAGGCAAUGAGGAAGCCGACAGUUGAUAAGGCUCUGUUGGAAGUGUCUCGUUUGGAGAAACGCCUGACACGGCUGACGCAGCUGCUCGCUAGUUUACCUGUGGAGCAGAUUCAGUCAAGCGCGAAUAAAUUGUGGUCAAUCUCAUGGCAGGGCGACCAGCGAAAAGCCCUUGAGCAAACCAUAGUCAGUUGGCAAGAUGAUGCUAGCGUUUCCCGAUGUCCCUUUUGUCAGCAAGAUUUUACCAGUUACUCUUUCCGAAGGCACCAUUGCAGGACUUGCGGGCGAGUCGUCUGUGGUGACCCAGCAACUGAAUGCUCCGCGGAAGUUCCGUUGAGCAUUUCGCCUCUAGCAAAGACGUCAGCGGAGAAGUCGGUUCGCACGGGGGUGAUCAACGUCGACAUCAGGCUUUGUAAGGAGUGCCGAUCGACCUUGUUUGACCGACGAGACUUUGAAGCCGACAUUAUGGGAAGGCCGCCAGCUGUGCGGGCGUAUGAUAAUCUCACCCAAUUCGAGAGGGGCAUUCGGCUCCUACUACCUAAAUUUCAGAAGAUACUGGGGACUUUGCAAGAUCCCAGGCGGCCACCAUCGUCUGCACAGAUUUCCGAAGCUUCCAAAGUUCGCAAGCGAUUAACAGACUCAUUUGCUCAGUAUGAUGUUGCUGCUAGGCGAAUUCGUGAUAUGCAAACAGAUUCCCCCACUCAACAGCGGCUCCAAAAGGCCAUCUACCAACAAGCCAGCAAUUUCCUCCACCUUCACAUGCUUCCUCUGAAGUCUCUUCCCAAGGUUCUCAAGCAUGCAUCUUCCCACGGACGACCCUCUAGCUCCACAAGCUCCCCUACUAGCCCUAGUCCUGGCAACGGUUCACUGGGUGGCUCUCGACGGCAAGGGCCAGCCCUCGCGUCGAUCAAAUACGGCAGUAUUGCAGCUAGUGGUAGCAACAGCAGCCUAGCUAGUGAUGCCAGCAGCGCUAUUUCCGCCCUGGAAGCUGAAGAAAAGUCGCUUCGGGAGCGGCUGAUCGUGCUGGAGGAGCAGAAGUUCUUCGUGUCGGAGAUGAUCGCGGAUGCGAACAGACGACGAAAAUUCGAUGAGGUUAGCAGUCUCGCGAUGAAUAUUGAGGAUCUCACCCGGGAGAUUGAUCGGGUGAAUGGGAUGCUGGAUGGGCUAGACUUUGAGGGCGUCUAUACCGGGACACAUCAGCAGACCUGAUGGCUUGUAAUAAUACCAACUCAUUCGCUUGGUUUUCCGUUGCUUGCUUCCAUCAUUUUGCUGCAACCGCGAUGCAGGGUGGUAUCGUUACUUCCUGUACACGAUUCUGGCCACGGCGCGGGCGCGGCGUUUGCGGUUGGGCUCAAUUAACUUGCAUAGCAUGGGCGUUGCGUCGUAUGCAUAUGAUCGUAUAUGAAUAUGGUCUCUACAGUCUCCUUUUCUUCUCCAUUGCUGUUCGCUGUAUUACCCUGUAUUAUCGCGCCAAUGCUUGAUACCAUGAAUCAU